AUGAUCAUUCAAAAAGAAAGUCAACAUAAUUUUAAAAUUAUUUUGCCGGAAAGUGAUAAUGAACUUAAGAUUAGAAUAUUAGAUGAUGAAAGUGAAUGUAACUCACAGAUUCGAGAUUUAAAUAAUGAACUUAGUGUGUUAAAAAACAAUUACGCUGAUUUAGAGAAAUUGUAUGAAGAUUUGCAAAAAAGAAAAGAUCAAGAUAUGGAAACUUUACAACUAUACCUAACGAAUUUAGAAAAAAAAUUGAGAAGAAAAAGGAAUUAA